UCUCUUUUUUUGGUCCAAAUACAUUUAAACACACAUGUGCAUGCACGUGCAGUCCAAUUCUGCAUUAAGUGCUACCGUUUUUUCUCAGCUCGGAUCUUUUAGUACUUGGAAUUGCUCGAGUGGUAAGAGAGAUAGUGUCACGAAAAUCGUAAACGGCGUAAAGGAGUUUUCUUUUUAAAAAAAGAGCAGACAUUAACCAGAGCCGCGGAUAUUGGACUCAGUUAUCUCCUCGUUAGUUCUAUUGGUUGUUUGCACGUAUGUACAUGUUACUUUAAGUCGAUCAAAAGUUUCACAACGUUUCUUGUUGAAUCGUGAGAUAUUGAGAAGUGUGUGUAAUUUACAAGUGAAUCUUUCUUCAAAUCAAGAAUCGAAUCAUUGUCUCUGGCAGAAGAAUCAAUUCUGCAAUCGCUGAAAUCAGAUAAAAGCAUGACUCUGGGUUCUCAAUUGGAAGCAGGAGAGCAUGGAGAAAAAGGGACUCUUAAAAUUCCCCUGACCAACGGAAAGAAGAAUGAAGCAGAGACCGAUGCAAAUCAAAACGGAGAAAAAAUUGGCAAUGCUAGUGGUGCCCUUGAAAAUGUUCUUGAGAAAGGAGAAGUUGAAGCUACCAAAGAGGGAGAGAAAGAAAAAGAGAAAGAUAAGCUUAAAGAAAAAUCUGAUAAAGAUGGGGAGGCUGAUAAAGAUAAAGACUCUUCAAAUGAACAAGAAGUAGUAUUUAUUCAGGAUAUGGGUUUCACUGUUAAAAUAGUAAGUCCUGGAGCAGACCCUUUCGAUAUUCAGGUUUCCAGCAUGGAACUAGUACAGGAAAUUCACCAACUUCUAAUGGACCGUGAAGAUACUUGUCACCGAACGUGUUUUUCUCUUCAACUUGAUGGCAAUACAUUGGACAAUUUUGCUGAAUUAAAAAAUAUCGAGGGUUUGAAAGAGGGAUCUGUGAUCAAAGUUGUUGAGGAGCCUUAUACAAUGCGCGAGGCUCGCAUUCAUGUACGACAUGUUCGGGAUUUGUUAAAAUCCGUGGAUCCCGCUGAUGCCUACAAUGGAGUUGAAUGCAGUAGUCUUUCAUUUUUAAAUGUUAUCACGAAUGGUGACAUCAUGGAGAAAAAGAAAUCUAGAGCUGAUUCUGUUGACUGUACUCCACCAGACUACAUCAUACCAAGUUGCAAAGACAGACCCUUACUUCCUCUUCAACCUCAAGCAAAAGAACAAAAAUGUCCACCCUGUCUGAAGGUUUUAACAACUUCAGGAUGGAAUCCACCACCAGGUCAUAGAAAACUGCACGGCGAUUUGAUGUACUUGCACGUGAUAACGUUAGAAGAAAAGCAGUAUUACUUGACAGCAUGUGCUCGUGGCUUUUUCGUCAAUCAAUCUUCCAAAGAAACAUUCAGUCCAAAACCAGCAACUCCAAGUCAUCUCUGUCACAGUCUAAUAGAGCUUCUCAACCAACUGAGUCCUGCGUUCAAGAGAGGUUUCGCAGCCAUGCAGAGACGACGAACACUAAGGCAUCCGUUUGAGAGAGUAGCGACACCAUAUCAAUUGCAUGCGUGGUGUGCUCCUCAAAUCGAACACACAAUUGAUGCAAUUCGUGCAGAAGACACCUUUUCUUCCAAGCUUGGUUAUGAAGAACAUAUUCCAGGCCAAACACGUGAUUGGAAUGAGGAAUUGCAAACAACAAGAGAACUUCCACGAAAAAAUCUACCAGAAAGAUUGUUGAGGGAACGAGCAAUUUUUAAGGUUCAUAGUGACUUUGUGGCUGCCGCAACUCGAGGUGCAGUUGCAGUAAUUGAUGGAAAUGUUAUGGCAAUUAAUCCUGGAGAGGAGGCUAAGAUGCAAAUGUUUAUUUGGAAUAAUAUAUUUUUCUCUCUUGGUUUCGAUGUGCGAGAUCAUUAUAAGGAGCUCGGCGGUGAUGCUGCAGCUUUUGUUGCGCCCCGAAAUGAUCUUCAAGGUGUUCGAGUUUAUGCAGCUGUAGAUCUUCCGGGGCUUUAUACUCUUGGAACAGUCGUAAUCGAUUAUAGAGGAUAUCGAGUUACUGCUCAAUCUAUUAUACCGGGAAUUUUGGAACGCGAACAAGAACAAUCUGUGGUUUAUGGCUCAAUAGAUUUCGGAAAAACAGUUUUGUCACAUCCCAAAUAUCUUGAAUUGCUAAAUAAAGCUGGUCAACAACUGAAAAUUUUACCUCACAAAGUUAUAAAUGAUGCAGCAGAAGAAAUAGAGCUUUGUAGCAGUGUCGAGUGUAAGGGAAUAAUUGGAAAUGACUCUCGUCAUUAUGUUUUGGAUCUUUUAAGAACUUUCCCUCCGGAUGUAAACUUUCUAAAAUUGGAUAACGUUGAAUUGAGUAAAGAAGCACGGGCUUUAGGAUUUCCAGUUGAGCACAAACACAGAUUGGCCUGUCUUCGUCAAGAAUUGAUUGACUCCUUUGUAGAGGCAAGAUAUGUACAAUUCAUUAAACAUGCCGCUGUCCAUUUACAACAGUUGACAUCAGUUAGGAGAUCGCAAAAGGAUAAAGAACUGUGUCCAAAGGAAGACAAGAAAGAUGAGACCAGUGUGUCGACUAUUGAUAGCAACAAAGAAGUUUCUGGUCAGUCAACAAUAGAAGCUGAUGAAGCAAAAAAAAUCGUAGAAAGCAUAACAGACUCCAUUACUGGUGGUGAAAAACAAGAACUUGAAGAGAGUACGAAGGAGAUAGUGCGCGGAGCUGCUACAGCAGUCGGCAGUUUACGGGAUGCAGAAUUUGAUGUCCGAUUUAAUCCGGAUGUUUAUUCGCCUGGUGUUCGUCAUCCCGACGCAAAUGGACUUGCAUUGAAGAAGCAAAGACAACUUAUAAGAGACGCUGCAGACUUUUUGCUAACAGUGCAGCUUCCUACUUUUAUUCGCGACUGCUUAGAUCACACGGCCGCAGCAAUGGAUGGAAAUACAUUAGUAGAAGCCCUUCAUGGAAGAGGAAUCAAUGUUCGUUACCUUGGAAAAUUGGCUGCUAUGCUCGCUAAUGUUCCUCAAUUGCAAUAUCUAAAUCGUAUAGCUGUAUCGGAAUUGAUUUUGCGUUCUGCCAAACAUAUUUUCACCUCAUAUAUGCAGGGAACAGAAUUGAUGAGUUUGUCCGCUGCGAUAAGUCACUAUUUGAAUUGCUUUUUGUCAUCUGCGCAGCUUAUUCACCCUCAACAAAAUUUGGAAGAGCUUCAAAGCAAAACAGCGAAGCGCCGCAAUAAAAGAAAAGGUAGAAACAAUGGCCCUCAGCAGUCAGAAGUAGAAUGGGCUUCUCUUACUCCAAAAGUUCUUUGGCAACAAAUCAAAGCGGAUUUAAAGAGUUACUACGAUUGGGACACGCCUACUCCAGAGUCACUCGAUGGAACUAUAGAAUAUUUCCACUUGCAAAAAAUUUCUCUUCUUAGAGGUUUCUGUGUCAAGACUGGUAUCCAAAUCUUGUUGCGAGAGUAUAAUUUCGAAAACAAAAAUAGAGCAACUUUCUUUGAAGAAGACAUACUCAAUAUUUUCCCAGUAGUUAAACAUAUCAACCCUAGAGCAAGUGAUGCUUACAAUUUUUAUACGACUGGACAGAGUAAAAUUCAGCAAGGUUAUUUAAAAGAUGGAUACGAGUUAAUAAGCGAAGCUUUAAAUCUCCUGAAUAAUGUGUACGGAGCGAUGCAUCCUGAAAUUGCCCAGUGCCUUAGAAUGCUUGCAAGAUUAAACUACAUUAUGGGUGAUCACGCUGAAGCUCUCGCCACUCAACAGAAGGCUGUUCUUAUGUCAGAGAGAGUUAAUGGCAUCGAUCAUCCCUACACUAUUACCGAAUACAUUCAUUUGGCCUUGUAUUCAUUUGCCAAUGGCCAUGUCUCAGCAUCUCUAAGAUUAUUGUACCGAGCACGAUAUCUUGCACUUUUGAUUUGCGGUGAAGAUCAUCCUGAAGUGGCAUUGCUCGAUAGUAAUAUUUCACUGAUCCUGCACGCCGUUGGAGAGUACGAACUUUCCCUUCGAUUUUUAGAGCACGCUUUAUCUCUAAAUCUUCGCUAUCAUGGGUCUCGUUCAUUGAAGGUUGCUGUGUCUUAUCACCUGGUAGCACGCACGCAAUCCUGUAUGGGAGACUUUCGUGCAGCUCUCAACAAUGAAAAGGAGACGUACGCCAUUUAUAAACAGCAAUUAGGCGAGGAACACGAAAAAACCAAAGAGAGCAGUGAUUGCUUGAGACAUUUAACUCAACAGGCUGUUGUUUUACAAAAGAAAAUGAAUGAAAUUUAUACUGGGAAGUCCGGUGUCAGUCUGCCUCCAAUCCAAAUCCAACCACCAAGUAUGGGUUCAGUGCUUGAUAUGCUCAAUGUUAUCAACGGUAUUCUUUUUGUGCAAAUUAGUCAGCAAGAUAUUGAAAACUUCAAAGCUGAAAUAGAAAAACGACAGAAGGAGCAAACACCAGAUGGAACUAUAAAGGCUAUUGAAAAUGAGAAGAAGGAAGAAACUGCGAAUGAAGAAAAGAUCACUGACAUCACGGCUGAUUCUAAAUGCCUAGAGGAAAUGAAAACCUCAGUAGAAACAUCAGUUGCUGCUGAAAGCUGAACUUUUUUCUAAUGUAAACAAAAAGCCAUAUGUUUGUUUAAUGUCCUAGUCUCAAUAUUAAUGUUUGCGUCGCUCCAAGAUAAUGAGUUUGGGGAAUACACUCUCGCCCUUCUGCAACGCUGUCACUAAGUGCAAAUUAUUCUCUAAGUGCCACAUCGUUGAGUAUUCUUAGGAGUUGAGACAACGAAACACAAAGCAGAGUUUUGUUUAACGAUCCUACAAAACUGUUAAGUGUACGCUCUGAUUUCAGCCCUAGUCUUAAGUCCUUCCUCUUACAAUUAUCAACCAAAAUCUUUGCGACUAUUAAAAGUUUAUUAACAUUUUAUCCAAUAAUUCAUUGUUUCAUUUAUUAUGUUUUAAAACUUUAAACAAGCAGUUAGAAUUUCAAAUAAUAAAAAUUACAUACAAAUUA